GUUAAAGACUUAACACCAACCAGCUUGUAGCAAAAGAUAGAAAAAGAAAAAAAAAACUUCAAAAUUUUUAAAAACUUAAAUAUUAAAAUAAAAAAAUAAAAAUUUUACUUUUAAAUAAAAAAAAAUAUAUUACGAAAAAAAUGCAAUUUUUAAAAAUAUAUGCAACUCUAGUGAUAUUGUGUUGUUAUAUUAGAUUAUCGCAUAAUGCUCUAUUCUAUCCCUCCAACAGUGCUUAUGGUAUAAUUGCUGCCAUUGCAGUACCUUUGGAUUUACCACAUCGUAAUGUUUUCAUUUCGUAUAAUUUUGAAGCAAAUUAUAAUUUACCAGAGACUUGGAAUUUACCACCAUAUGCGAUAGGAGUUGAAGAGGAAGAUCUAUUCGAAGAUGCAGCUAGAUAUAAUAAUGGCAAGGAUUGUACAAAUUGUACAUCAUCAUCAGCGGAAGAAACUGUAGAAGAUGUAGAAAAUGAAGAAAAUAUGGAGGAAAAUGAUAUUGACAGCACUACAACAUCGUACAGAAAUGAAACUGAAACGAAUAGUAGAAGAAAAAGAGGCAGAAAACGUAGAGAAAUACCUUCGCUAUUGACUAGAACACAUUUCUAUCAUAUAUUGAUAGAUAAAUUUGAAAGAAGCGGUUUUGAGGGUGAACCCUGUUUAUUGCGUUUAAUAUGCGAAACAAAUGCUUCAGAAUUGGGUGAAAUAAACGGUGUUUUGGGCAAUUUAAUACAUAUCAUGUUUUCUCCUACCACUUCUAAAAAUGAAAAUUUACCCUUGGCUUACUAUCAAGCUGAAGUAGAUGGUAUACAUGAUCAAUGUCAUCAUUAUGAAGAAGAGUGCUCGGAAAGUAUACUGGAUUUAAUAUCAGUACCCAUACAUGAAUAUAUUGAACAAAUGGAAAUGGAAAUUCAUAAUCUAGGAAAAUGAUAUUGAAAUAAAAUUGGAUUU